UCCAUACAGAAAAUCCAAGUUAUCCAAAAUCAAAAAAGUUUCCCAACGGAAGAAUUAACAAAUAUAUUGCAGGAAGUGGACAAUCUUAAUCAAGACGUUCAAGAGAAAGAAAAGAAACUGCAAGAAAAAUAUGAUGAACUUCUUGAGAGGGGUAAGGAGCUGCUAGAAAAAGAGGAGCAGCGACAGGUCCUUGAGCAGCAGCUUCUUACAAGUGUGUCUCCAUUUUGUGUUCUUCCCCCAAAACCUACACGCGACGUCACAGGCCGCGAUUCUGAGGUUAGUAACAUUACCCAACAGCUCAGAGCCCUCAAAUGUGCUAAUGAUGAUGCUCUAAGCACCUUGUACAUCUCUGGAAAUCCGGGAAGUGGAAAAUCUCAGCUGGCCCGUCUGGUAGCUGAGCGAUUUUACGACGAAGUCAAAGAAAUUCCUUCUGCGACUUCAUUUGUUAUGACUCUGAAUGCUGAAAAUUCAGAAACGCUUUUGGAAUCCUAUGUCGUUUUCGCUCGACACUGUAAAUGUCCGGAGUAUGCAGUUACAAACACUCUGAAAUCCACAGACCUAUGUGCAGACCAAAAGAUUACAAGGCUUAAGACGCUGAUAGGCGCGAGAAUUUCUUACUAUACGUCAUGGCUGCUGGUAGUCGAUAACGUCAUUAAUGUGUCUCAAAUACAUGGACACUUACCAGAUGCAGGAGACGAACAGUGGGUAAGAGGUCAGUUGCUGAUAACAACACAAGACGCUGUUUCUAUUCCUUUGACAAAUUUUGCAAUCCAGCAUGUCUCAGUAAGCGAAGGAAUGCAUCCAGAUGAUGCCCGCUCGUUGUUAACACUCCUAUCAGGAGUGAAUGAUGGUGAAAUGGAAGAUGAAAUUGCACAGGCAUUAGACUAUCAACCUCUUGCCUUAGCGAGUGCCUCCAUUUAUGUGCGAGAAGUUCGGCAGAGUAAAGUAUCUAUGAACUUUGGCUGGAGCGACUACCUAAAGAAGCUCGUAGACGGUCAACGAGGUACGACGGAGGCUAUUCUUACUGAGACAAAUCCAAGCUACCAGAAGUCCAUGACAACAGCAAUAACACUUGCAGUGGAAAACGCGAUGGCGACCGACAGAGUUAUUAAUCACCUGUUCACUUUUCUUGCUCUUUGUUCACCUCAGCCAAUACUUCAAGAAGUCGCCGUCAAUUACAUUAUGGAAAUGGAUAAAGAAUUUAGUGAUAAAGAGUGGAUCAGAUCAAGGAUAAAUCGGUGUUCAUUGUUGUUAUCUGAAGAAGAAGGAGACAGCGUCUAUAUCCGAGUGCAUGGAAUCGUUCGUUAUGUACUUGAUUCUUUAAAAACAAAUUAUGCAAAGGAUUUAUACAUCGAAGCCGUCGUUGGGGCUGUUGCAUCAUUCGCCAAGUUCGAUGAACUAGAUACCUUUAUCAUCGGUUCAAAAAUUGUUCCCCACCUAGGAAAAUUAAUCCUGAAGGCUAAAUGUCUGUCUUCUAUACAAGAAUUAUCUCACGUCAGGAAAAUGGGUGUUAUUCCCUUUCGAAAUUACCUUAAUGACCUUCCGAUCCUAGGAAAUAUGUGCCUUAACCAUUGUGAAUACGAAGCUGCAAUGACCUACUUCGAAGUGGCCUCGAAAAUUAUACACUCAGGUGAUGCAAACGACGCUCUGGGAAAAGCAAAACUCUAUCUCCUUGUGGGAACCGCACACAAAUGUAAGGGUAACUUCGAGCAAGCGAAGAACUAUCAUACGCGUGCACUGGAAAUUCAUCUGAAACAGCUUGGACCUGAGCAUGUAUAUGUCGCAGCUUCUUACAAUAACCUAGGUACUGCAUACAGUGAUCUAGGUGAUUUCCAGAAAGCAAAAGAAAACCAUGCACGUGCAUUAGACAUUUACCUGAAACAGCUCGGACCAGAACAUGUAGAUGUGGCAGCCUCUUACAAUAACCUGGGUAUUGUAUACAGUGAUCUAGGUGAUUUCCAGAAAGCAGAGGACUACCAUGCACGUGCACUGGACAUUCGUCUUAAACAGCUUGGACCUGAGCAAACUCUUGUCGCAGCUUCUUACGAUAACCUGGGUACUGUAUACAGUCAUCUAAGUAGUUUCCAGCAAGCAAAGGACAACCAUGCACGUGCACUGGACAUUUAUCUGAAACAGCUCGGACCUGAGCAUGUAGAUGUCGCAGCCUCGUACAAUAACUUGGGUACUGUAUAUAGUGACCUAGGUGAUUUCCAGAAAGCAAAGGACUACCAUGCACGUGCACUGGACAUUCGUCUGAGACAUAUCGGACCUUGGCAUAUAGAUGUCGCAACUUCUUACAAUAACCUGGGUAAUGUAUUCAGUGGUUUAGGUGAUUUCCGCCAAGCAGAGGAUUGCCUUGCACGUGCACUGGACAUUCGUCUGAAACAGCUCGGACCUAAGCACGUAGAUGUCGCAACUUCAUACAAUAAUCUGGGUACUGUAUACAGAAAUCUAGGUGAUUUCCAGCGAGCAAAGGACUACCAUGAACGUGCAUUGGAGAUUAAUCUGAAAGAGCUCGGACCUAAGCAUGUAGAUGUCGCAACUUCUUGCAAAAGCCUGGGUACUAUAUACAGUGAACCAGGUGAUUUCCUGCAAGCAAGAGACAACCAUGCACAAGCAAAAAAAUGUGAGGGUAACUUCGAGCAAGCGCACAAGCACCAUACUCGUGCACUGGACAUUCAUCUGAAACAGCUCGGACCUGAGCAUGUGGAAGUGGCAGCUUCUUACAAUAACCUAGGUACUGUGUACAAUGAUCUAGGUGAUUUCCAGCAAGCCAAGGACUACCUUGUACGUGCACUGGACAUUCGUCUGAAACAUCUCGGACCUAUGCAUGUAGAGGUAGCAAAUUCUUACAAUAACCUGGGCAAUGUCUGUAGAGAUUUAUGUGAUUUUCACCAAGCACAGAGCAACCAUACACGUGCAUUAGACAUUUAUCUAAAACAACUCGGACCCAAUCAUGUAGCUGUUGCAGAUUCUUACAAUAACUUAGGUACUGUAUACAGUGAUCUAGGUGAUUUCCAGCAAGCAAAGGACCACCAUACACGUGCACUGGGCAUCCGUCUGAAGCAUUUCGGACCUAAGCAUGUAGAUGUAGCAAAUUCUUACAAUAGCCUGGGUAAUGUGUACGGUGAUCUAGGUGAUUUCCACCAAGCAAAGGUCUACCUUGCGCUUGCACUGGACAUUCGUCUGAAACAGCUCGGACCUGAGCAUAUAGUUGUCGCAGAUUCCUACAAUAAUCUGGGCACUGUAUACAGUGAUCUAGGCGAUUUCCAGCAAGCAAAGGACAACUAUGUACGUACACUGGACAUUCGUCUGGAACAGCUCGGACCUGAGCAUGUAGAUGUCGCAGCUUCUUACAAUAACCUGGGUACUGUAUACAGUGAUCUAGGUGAUUUCCAGAGAGCAAAGGAUAACCAUGCACGUGCACUAGAAAUUUAUCUGAAACAGCUCGGACUUGAGCAUGUAGAUGUGGCAGCCUCUUACAAUAACCUGGGUACUGUAUUCAGUGAUCUAGGUGAUUUUCAGCAAGCAAAGGAUUACCACGCACGUGCACUGGACAUUCGUGUGAAACAGCUCGGACCUGAGCAUGUAGAUGUCGCAGCUUCUUACAAUAACCUGGGUACUGUAUACAGAAAUCUAAGUGAUCUCCAGAAAGCAAAGCACAACCAUGUACGUGCACUGGACAUUCGUGAGAAACAACUCGGACCUGAGCAUGUAGAUGUGGCAGCUUCUUACAAUAACCUGGGUACUGUAUACAGUGAUCUAGACUGUUUCCAGGAAGCAAAGGACAAUUAUGCACGUGCACUGGACAUUCGUCUGAAACAGCUUGGACCCGAGCAUGGAAAUGUCGCAUCUUCCUACAAUAACCUGGGUACUGUGUACAAUGAUCUAGUUGAUUUCCAGCGAGCAAAGGACUUCCAUACACGUGCACUAGACAUUCGUCUGAAACAGCUCGGACCUGAGCAUGUAGAUGUCGCAGGUUCUUUCAAUAACCUGGGUACUCUAUACAGAAAUGUAAGUGAUUUCCAGCAAGCAAUGCACUACCAUGUAGUUGCACUGGACAUUUGCCUGAAACAGCUCGGACGUAAUCAUCUUAAAGUUGAAGAAACUUAUGAAAAUAUUGGUGACGCACACAAUGAUCAGCGUCACGAUGAGGAGGCGAAAAAGAACUAUAAUCAUGCUUUGGCGAUUUGUGUUCGAAACCUUGGCCCCGGACACGUUAAAGUUAAAAUUAUUCAGAAUAAGCUGGCUCAAUUAUAG